AUGUCCUGGUUCCAAAAAUCCUUCACCCUCCCCUCCCGCUCGCGGGGCAGCUACCUGAUCACGGACCAGGUGCUCUCGGAGCUGCCCGAGAUCCGGGACUACAAAGUCGGGAUGCUGCACCUGUUCGUGCAGCACACCAGCUGCGCGCUCUCGCUGAACGAGAACUGGGACGAGGACGUGCGGGCCGACAUGAGCGACGCGCUGGACCGCAUCGCCCCCUACGACAAGAAGGGGACCCUGUACCGCCAUUCCGCUGAGGGGGAGGAUGAUAUGCCGGCGCAUAUCAAGUCGGCGUUGGUUGGGGCUUCGGUUACGAUCCCGAUCACGAACGGUCGGUUGGCGACGGGGACAUGGCAGGGGAUCUGGUAUUUGGAAUUCCGGACGAGUCGGCACUCGCGGAAGGUGGUGGCUACUAUUCAGGGUGAGAAGGCGUGA